AUGAACUGCUCAAAUGGUCUGGAUACUCUUCCAUUCGAUGUAUUUUAUCAGAUUGCAACGUUGUUGGACGACCGUGAUUUCAUUCAACUCACUCGCACCAAUCGCGCUCUCUACUCUUUGUCGCAAAGCGAACAAAUUUCACGUAAAAUCGUGGAGAAUGUGUUACUCCACAGCAAAGAGGGUCAGGCCGCCCAAGCAGCCCAGUCCGGCUUCCGUAAGGCUGUCGGGCAUCGCUUUGCUAUACACGAGGCUGUCGCCACCGCAGAUCCAUACUCAGUAGCCUGUGUAGGCUACGGGGCUAGUUUUCUCUACAACCAAGGUCAUCUGUGCUACCGGGCUGAUUAUUGGAUUCGUCUGCUCUACGUGCAUGGCGUGGCGCUGAGAGAACGUGUCAUAGACCUUCGCCAGGCGAUUCCUAAACUGAUGAACACCGGUCCCGUGGGCCCGGAUGUAGCAGAUCGUGUCACUCUUUUGAGCUACAGUGAUGAUAUUUUGGUGUUCAAAGUGGCCGAUGAUGACGAAGAUGCGACCGAUGCCACGUUGUUUGCCGUGAACAUGGCGUGGCGGGAAUACAACCAGAAAAAGGCACGUCUUCUGUUUGAGGAGUCAAUCUCUGCGUCUGCGCCAAUAUUUGUACGACAUAGUGGAUCCUACCUUUGGUACGGCACAUUUACUGAGGCUGAUGGCUCCGGCAGUGUGUGGUCUAUCACUGGUUUGGAUCUCAUGUCUCUUGAGUUCAUUGAAUUCACCCUCGACCGAGUAGUUGAUGGUGAUCUUGGCCAAACAUUGUGUUUUGAGAUGCAUGAUGAGCAUCUCUACGCAGUUUCCACUCAGGUUGCCCCGGACGAUCAGGAAUUGCACUCUUCUUUCUAUCAUUGGUUCUGCCAUGCACCUCGAGAAGAUGGCCGCAAAUGGAACGGUCGCUUCUGGCGCCGAGAGCAUCAAGAAGGCCCUAUCAAUGAGAUGUGGACUGAUCUUUCGAUCCGCAAGGACGAAACAACUGGUCGGCCCGUAAUAUUAGAAUGCCGCCGUGAAUGGCGCGAUGGCAAGAGUGAAAAUCACCGUACAUACUACACACAGCGACUUCCCACACCAGAAGAAGCCUUAGCACCUCUUUCAGGGGGCACUGUUCAGACCCCGUGUUGGAUGUCCAUGGGUGGUGAUCUUGAAAAUGACGACCCGUACGAUGAGCGACCUGCAAAAAGAUUACGGCGCCAUUUCCACGCCGAAUAUGAGUCUGGAGCUACGAAACGGCAGGAGUUUAUUGCGGCUCGCACCAAACACAGGAGCUACCACCUCGGUGCAUCUACUUUUGUCGAUAUUGUCAAUGAUCCUGCUGGUGACAAUUUGCGGUCUCGAGACCGAAUCCGACUUCGCACGGUAUCACGGAAGCGCAAAUGUCCCAUUGAUGAGGAAGGGGUUGAGGGGCCUCGCAACCGAUUUUUCCCGCCCACACAGUUGGACUCUGAAGGCUGUCCCGUUGAAGGUUCUACAGAGCGCUUUGAGUGCCGUGGAGUGCGCAUGUGGCCUCCAGAAGACGCUCCAUCUGCGUUACAAGAAUUGCUCUGUCCAGGCCCACGCACUGGAUCCGUGAAAAGUAUUGCAGACGAACGCUCAAUUAUCUAUUCGAUUGACGCCCCGGGACUGCCACCAAAGCACCAAGCUCUUAUUCUUAUUAGCUUUGAUCCUGCAUUCCGAAUUCCCAUUACUGCUCCUCUUCCUACUGCUAUGUCCCCUCCAGCAUGCCACAAUCCUAGAGAAUUAUUCCCCGCGACACUGAAACCACCACCCACAUACUUUCCCUCUUCCAACUUGGUGGAAGAAGCACCGCCCUUCUACAUGGGUAUCAGGCGCGGCUACUACCUGCGUUGA